AUGGGUUCUUCACAUUUUUAUAAAUUGCUAAUAUGUGCAGUAGGGAUAUAUGCAAGUUUCCUUACCUGGGCCUUAGUACAGGAACCAUUGACAACAAAAGUUUGGCCAAUUUCCAAUGAACAAUUCCAGUUUCCAAAUAUCAUUGCCAUAUCUCAAGCAUCUAUAGCAAUGAUUGUAGGAUAUAUCUACUUAAAUUUUAGAAAAGUAGAUUAUCAAGUAUCUGAUCUGAUUAAGGACCAUUAUAAACAACUUCUAAUGGUUUCAUUCACCCAAAGCACAUCCACACCACUAGCCACAUAUUCUUUAAAACAAGUUGAUUAUCUGACCUAUAUGUUGGCCAAAUCAUGUAAAAUGAUCCCUGUUUUAUUGGUUCACUUAUUACUUUACCGUACUCCAAUAGAGUAUCAAAAGAAAAUUGUUGCCAUUCUGGUUAGUCUUGGCGUCACAAUAUUUACAAUCGGUGGUUCACAAAACAAGAAAAAAUCUAUCCAAGCCAACAGUGGUUCAUAUUAUGGGUUUAUACUAUUAGCUGCUAGUUUGUUUAUGGAUGGUUUAACCAAUGCAACACAGGAUAAAAUGUUGAAAACUGCGGGAUCCAAGAAGGGUUCGAAGGAAGAGCAAAAGACAAAUAAAAAAAUUACUGGACCACAUCUAAUGUUCUCAUUAAACUUGUUUAUUAUCUUAUGGAAUAUUUUUUACUUGACACUUAUUGAUAGAGAACAGAUUCACAAAGCACUAACCCUUUUAAAGUCAGAUCCAGAAGUUUUAUCUUAUUUAGUAGUAUAUGCUGUGUGCGGUGCUAUUGGGCAAUGUUUUAUCUUCUAUACAUUGGAAAGUUUUGGUUCUUUGCAAUUGAUUAUGAUUACUGUGACAAGAAAGAUGAUAUCAAUGUUAUUAAGUAUUGUUAUAUUCGGUAAGACUGUUAAUUAUACACAGUGGUUUGGUAUAUUUAUCGUAUUUGCGGGUAUUACCUGGGAAGCCACGAAUAAAAGAACUGCAUCCUCACCUCAAGGAAAACAGAAGGUGGAUACUAAAAAAUCACAAUAA